AUGCCAGCAUCAUCUCUUGUUCUCGACUCGUUGUGUAUGAUUGUACUGACCGUCUGGCGCCUCACGGAACCCAACCCCAGCUCAACAUUGCAGCCCACAGCUGCAGGGGGGUGGAAGAACGUGUGCUCGACCUCAUGCGGUCGCAAAUCGCGCGACCCGAUCCAACCGAUCGGUGCAUCGCCAACUCACCUCUCACGGGCAUUAUUCCCUCGCCUGGCACGAUAUGGUGUCACUGUCGCCUGUCAGUCUCUGUCUUCCGGCUCCCGUGCCGACCGUCGAUUCUCACCGAAAGCUUUUCCUCCUUCCAAAUUGUCCGUUUGA